GUUGUCUUUCGCUCAGUUCCGAUUUGUCGAUGGUCGCAGAGAGACAUGAGCGGUGACUAUGAAAGCGACUACAUUAUGCGUGCCAGGAAGCAGCGCGAUAAGCAGCCACUCUGGGACUCUUUCCAGGACCCCCCCGCCAAAAAGACGAGCGGCUCCGAUGCGGACUGGAAGACGUUGCAGUUCUUCUUGAAGCUCUUCAAGCUGCUCGUUUUCCUCCUGGUCUUCGCCGUUGUUCUGGCCUCGAGUGUGGUGGCCAAGCUGCUUUAUCUCUAUAUGGCUGGCAAUACCAGUGGCAGCGGAAGCAGCGCCGCUACCAAGGUGCAUGUUUGCAGCAAAUACCUUCUGCUGCACGGCGAGGUGGUGGCCGUGCCCAACAAACUGGAACAAAUCGCCUGGGUGUGGGCCCUGAUCUUUGCCUUUGCCGCCCCCGAAGUGCUCACCUUCCUGCGCGCCCUCCGCAUCUGCAUGUUCAAGCGCGAGCACCGGCCCAGCGGACUGGAAGUGGCUCUGGUCACCCUCUUUGAACUGCUGCACGUCGUCGGCCUGGCCCUGCUCACCUUCACCGUGCUGCCAGCAUUGGAUCUGACGCGUGGAGCGAUGCUGGGCUGCUGUGUCUGCUUUGUGCCCGCCCUGCUCAAUCUGCUGACGGGCACCCGUAUCCACUGGAAGUCGGUGGACAGUCUGGUCUUGGCCCUCUCCAUUCUGGCCGUGAUGGCGCUGGGCAGUGUCUUCCUGCUCUGGCCAUCGAUGAGCUCUCAGCUGGAGGUGCAGCUUCUGGCCAUUCCCCUGCUGCUCGUCUCAUUCCGCUGGUGGGAGAACUUUUCCAACACGCACGAGGCUAUUGCCUACAUCAUUCGCACCAUCCGCUGCACCCGCUCUCGCUACCACACGUACCUCUACCUGGCACCGCUCAAAGUCCUGGUGUUUGCCACAACGGCCUUCCUCCUGCACGGCCACAACUUCCUGGAGUACUUCAGCCUGUUCUUGGACGCCUGGCGAACCCAUCUCAUAACCCUGGUGCAGAGCAGCAGCGGCAGUGGCAGAAGCGACGACCUCGAUGCACUACAUUUAACAGAAUCCUCCGCGUCGCAGGAGAACGGCAACGGCAGCUCGUUUAUCAGGACAGAGUCGAGAGCCUCACAGUACACGAUGCAAUCCAAUCCGAAUGCGGUGGUGUACGCUUUGAUGGUGCAGGUGGCGGCCGCGUACCUGUGCCACGUUUUUGGCAAGUUUGCCUGCAAAAUCAAGAUCCAGGAGUUCAGCUACGCCCUGCCCCUCACCCUGGCCAUGCCGGCGACCGUAGCUCUGGCCACCCUCCUCGCCUACCUUCGUGCGGCAAAUCCUUGCUCGCUGCACGGACUCAUCCCGGACUACCUCACGCUGCAGUCGCUGGCUGGCAGCCUGGAGGAGCUGGGCCAGAGCUGCCUGGACUACGUCCUGUGGAUGUGGCCGCUGUGGUGGCUGGCCCAGGUGUGGACGUGCCUGCACAUCUGGCAGCCUCGCCAAGACAAGAACGCCCAGACAGAGAAGCUUUUCGUUUGUCCCUGGUACAGCGGCCUGCUGGUGGAUCAGUGCGGCAUGAUGAACCGAAGGAUUGUUGACUGGAGCGAGGAAUAUCUAGCCAUCAAGAGCGACCUAACCACACCCAGGGAGCCGGUGAUGGCUCUGGCAUCAGAGCUGAAUGCUAGCAGGGACAUUCUGGAGGAGGACAAGAUACCGCAACUGAUUGUUUGCGCAACAAUGUGGCACGAGACGGAGGAGGAGAUGAUGGAGUUCCUCAAAUCAAUUGUCCGCCUGGAUGAGGAUCAAUGUGCACGCCGCAUGGCAAAGACACACCUAAACGGCGGCAAGGCGGACGAUGAAUACUACGAACUGGAAACAAACAUUUUCUUUGACGACGCCUUUGUGCUGGACCCGCGUCAGUGCCAGAACAAACGAAACCCGCCAGUCAACGAGUACGUAAAGACACUCACCCGGACCAUAGACAAGGCCGCCUUUGAGGUGUACGGCGUGAACGUCCGGCUGAGGCCGCCACUGAAGAUAGAGACCCCGUACGGGGGCCGUCUGGUGUGGACACUGCCAGGACGCACCAAGAUGGUGGCCCACCUCAAGAACAAGGACAAGAUCCGGCACAAGAAGCGCUGGUCGCAGGUCAUGUACAUGUACUACCUGCUGGGCUACCGCAUCAUGGAGACGGAGCAGCUGUCGCCGCGUCGCAAGGCUGUGAUUGCGGAGAACACAUUCAUCCUGGCCCUGGACGGAGACAUUGACUUCCAGCCGCGCGCCGUGCAGCUGCUCAUUGACCGCAUGAAGGCCGUGGACGAACUGGGCGCCGCCUGUGGGCGCAUCCAUCCCGUGGGCAGGGGUCCGAUGGUGUGGUACCAGCGCUUCGAGUACGCCAUCGGCCACUGGCUGCAGAAGGCCACGGAGCACGUGAUCGGCUGCGUGCUGUGCAGCCCCGGCUGCUUCAGCCUCUUCCGGGCCAGCGCCCUCAUGGAGAACAGCGUGAUGAAGCGCUACACGCUGGUCACAUCGGAGCCCAUGAAGAUGGUGCAGUACGACCAGGGCGAGGACCGUUGGCUCUGCACGCUGCUGCUGAAGGCCGGCUCCCGUGUGGAGUACUGCGCCGCCUCCGACGCCUACACCCACGCCCCGGAGAGCUUCAACGAGUUCUACAAUCAGCGCCGUCGCUGGGUACCCUCAACGAUAGCGAAUAUCUUUGACAUCCUGGCCGAUGCGGACACCGUGGUGCAGAAGAACAACUCGAUAUCCACGAUGUACGUGUGGUAUCAGGGCAUGCUGAUGAUCGGCACUGUCCUCGGGCCCGGCACCAUCUUCCUCAUGAUGGUCGGCGCUCUGGUGGCUGUCUUCACCAUCAACAUCUGGACCGCCUUCCUGUGGAACUUCUUCCCCAUCCUCUUCUUCAUUCUGUCCUGCGUGUAUCUCAAGCAAAAGUUCCAGCUGCUGAUUGCCUUCGUGAUCAGUGCCCUCUACUGCCUGGUCAUGAUGGCUGUCCUCAUUGGCAUCAUUGUGCAGAUCCUCGAGGAUGGUCCUUUGGCUCCUGCCUCGCUCUUCUUCCUGCUGGUGGCAGUGCAAAUCACAAUUGCAGGCUUUAUGCAUCCCCAGGAGUUCUGGGCGCUGCUCUGCGGCGUCAUCUAUUACAUCACCAUUCCCUCAAUGUACAUGCUGCUCAUGAUCUACUCGGUGUUCAACAUGAACGAUGUCUCGUGGGGCACGCGCGAGGCUCCUGUGCUCAAGGACGAUGACAAGGAGGCGCAGAAAGAUGCGGAGAUCCAUCUGCCGGGCUGGCUAAAUGAUCCGCUGCUGAUCAACUCCGAGCUGGGGGAAAUAUCGCUCAUGGAGCAGAGAUUCUGGAAGGAUGUGAUCAAGCAGUACCUCAAGCCCCUCGAGCUGAGCCGCGAGCAGAAGCAGUCCAUGGCCGACGGCCUGCGGGAGCUGAGGAACAUGAUCGCCUUUGCCUUUGUGAUGGUGAACGCCAUCUUUGUGCUGAUCGUGUUUCUGCUGCAGCUGAAGAAGGAGUUCCUCCACCUCAAGUGGCCCAUUGACCCCACGGACUUUGUGUCCUUCGAUCGGGAUAACCUGCAGGUUGGCAUCUACCGACAGUACAAGGAGCUGGACCCCAUUGGCCUGUGCUUCGUGAUCUUCUUUGGCUUGAUUUUGAUCAUCCAGUUCAUUGCCAUGUUCUUCCACCGCUUUGCCACCAUGUCCCAGCUGCUGGCCACCACCCAGGUGGACUGGUUCCGUUCCGGCGGGCAGUUCACUGACGCAGAUGCCGCCCUGGAGCUGAAGGGCAGCGCCGUCAACAUAGCCAGGCGCCUGCAGCGCCCCAAGAGACUCUUCGACGACGACGAGGAGGAGCACCACUACGACGAGCUGCUGCUGGACCCCGAUGGAGAGCACAGGGAGAGCAUGGUGCGGCGGCAGACCAUCUUCCGGCUGCACGAGACACGCAACAAGCAGCAGAGCGACUACAUCAAUCUGGUGUUCAACUUUGAGCGUCGCUUCUUCGGCGAAGACGAUCUCAACCUCAAGAACCUGGCGCUCAAUCGAAAGUCCGUGAAGCUGCUCCAGGAGCGUCGCUCUGUGGCCAAGUUCAAUGCAGCUGCCACGCCGGGGGGCACACCCACACCCAAGACGGGCACACGUCCACCCCCCCUGCCCCUGGCCAAGAAGGUGAGCUUCGGCAAUCGGAGUAGCAUGCAGCUCUAUGACAAUGGCGGCUACGAGCACACCGAGUUCUAGCUUGCAACACACAAGUAUUACCCAGAGAAUCUUCCAACUAUCUACAAUAUCUACUCGUAUCUUUAUCCUACAUACUCGUAUAGUUUUAUGUAUCUGCUUG